AACAACAGGAUUUGAUUUGUUUGUGUACAUGUGUAUAUUUUUAAAUCUUUAAUCCGCAAACAUCCCUACAUCAUUAACGGACGUCUCUUCAUGGAAAAUGCCGGACGUGGCAUUGGCGGACAGCACCUUUAACAGUCCGGGGCAAAUCGACAUCGUCAUCGGAGGCGAUACGUUCUGGGAGCUCCACACCGGUCGCAAGCGCUCUAUCGGUAGAGGCAAACCGUGGCUGGUCGAAACCCAUUUUGGUUGGGUUGUCACCGGCAACACUCAUCAUUCGUCCAUCGGUCCGCGGCUGUGCCAUCUAUCUGCAUACGACACUCCACUGGAGGAGACCAUGCAGCGGUUCUGGGAGAGUGAAACCAUAGCCGAGGAUCCUGUGCUAUCGGUUGAGGAGAAUACUUGCGAGAAGCAUUUCGUAGCAACAACUGUUCGCAACUCAAGUGGAAGGUAUGUCGUUAGUUUGCCAUUUAACUCCAACCCUAAUAUCGUUUUAGGAGAGUCGAAGGAAAUAGCCGAUCGCAGACUGCGUUGUAUCGAACGGCGGUUGAACACCAAUGCUAAAAUGAAAGAAGAAUAUGUGGAAUUUAUGAAAGAAUAUGAGCAUUUGGGGCAUAUGAAGCGACUUACCAGUGCUGCAAACGAUUCGGUAGAGCAUUACUACCUCCCACAUCACGCUGUCAUUAAGGAAUCAAGCACAACCACGAAGACGUAGAGAAGAUGUAUCGUCAAAUUUUACAUAGCCCUCAUGACCGUAACUAUCUGCGCAUCCGGUACAGAGAACAUCCUGCAGAUCCUAUAUCGACAUUUGAGCUACAGACGGUUACGUACGGCACAGCCUCUGCUCCAUUUUUAGCAACCAGGACCCUAAAACAGAUUGCUCUUGAUCACAAGGAAGAGUAUCCUUUGGCAAUGAAUGCGGACAUGAACGAUUUUUACGUAGAUGAUUUGCUAACGGGUACCGAUGAUUUGUCCGAAGCAAUCGUUAUACAAAGGCAAAUCUCAGACAUGCUAAAUUCAGCUGGCUUCACGCUGAAGAAAUGGGCGUCGAACCGCACCGAAGCAUUGAAGAACGUUCCUUCUGAGGAUGUGGCGGUACAACUCACGCACGACUGGAAGAGCUCGAAACAAGUAUCCACGUUAGGCAUCGUUUGGGAACCGGCAACUGAUACACUACGGUUUCGUAUUGAGAUACCACCUACAACACCCAGCAUGACGAAAAGGUUAAUUUUGUCAUAUAUCGCCAAGAUAUUUGAUCCCCUCGGGUUACUGGGCCCAACGAUCAUCAUCGCAAAGAUGUUCAUGCAGCAAUUAUGGGCUCUCAAGAUUAAUGGAAAGGCAUAUGACUGGGACAGCGAGCUACCAUCGCACUUACAGCAUGAAUGGUCGAAAUUUCACUCUACACUAUCUUCACUACGCAAUUUGACAGUCCCACGGUACAUAUCGCAAUGCACGGCAACAAGUCUGCAAAUUCAUAUCUUUGCCGACGCAUCACAACUAGCAUAUGGUGCUUGUUGCUACAUUCGGGCUGAAAGCAUGGAAGGAGUAACCGUGCAGCUGCUAACAGCCAAGUCAAAGGUCGUUGCGUUAUCCAAUUCACAUUCCAUAGCUCGAUUGGAAUUAUGUGCAGCACGACUAGCCACACUCCUAAACGAGAAAGUCCAGCAAUCACUGAAAAUUUCUGCUACCACCAUCUGUUGGACCGAUUCCAUGACUGUUCUUCACUGGCUGAAUCCAGCACCAAA